GAGUCAUUGGAGUGAUAAUCUUCUUAGAGAAAAAGAAAAGUGGGUUCAUUAUGCGGUCAUCUUGGAACAGUGUUACAUGGACAUGUCUGGUCUUGAUGAGCUUGACCAUUGGUCAGGUGGAUUCGGGCUACUACGCAGGUGCUCAUUUUUCCUAUCGUCCCGCAAGUGCUAAUGGACUCGGAAAUGCGAUUACCGCAACGUACAGAAUUGCAUAUUACUACAGGGACACGACAACCGAUGAUUUCUAUUCCCUGUACUUCUGCAACACGACGACCAUUGGAACAGGUACAUUAUUGGGAUUCCAGCUUUUUAAUCUGAAAUGUUCCUCAGGAGGUUGUGGAGGCGGAAACACAAUUGUAGUUGGUGGCAGCGGCGGGUUGCUGUACACGUGCACGGACUAUUCGGCGUUCGCCAAAAUCUCCACGGGAGAGGGGUCGGAGAAUUUCAAUGUGACUGGAGAUUCGGUUUUAUACUUAUUUUUCAAUGGCCUUCCAGACUUAAUGCCAAAUUAUAACGGCAGAUUGAGACUUCAAAGCACGAUCAAUGCUACAGUACGGAGUGAUACUGGAACGAUAAACUCCUCCCCUUGGGCGCCUUUGGUUCCUGAAGUGCGUUUACAAAAAGGGUGCACCGCUACCUUUGAUAUACCAGUAUAUGAUAGUGACGGUGACACAGUAAGAUGCCGGUGGGCCCAGUCUGGACAGGGAGAGUGUGCCACGUGCACUGAAGAAGAUAUCGGGUUCUCUUUGGAUGAGGUAUGA